ACUGUGAUGGAGUUUGCCUUUAAAACAGAAACGGACAUAUAAAGCGAUAUAGCUUUUUGUGAUUAGAGUUACUAAUCAUGGCAUUAACUAUGUCCGAUAUGUUGGAGACUAUACAGAAUGCUAUGCAAGAUCUUCAAUACACACAGAAUCGUGUAAAAGACAGAACAAACGUUGGGCACAUAAAAGGUGAAUUGAGUAAUGAGAUAAAACGACUAGCAGGCAUCGAGGAUCGUUUAGUCAAAGUUGAAAACACCUCAUGCCGAAAUUCUUCUCAGUUGAAAGAAAUACUUGGAACAGUUGAAAAGUUAUCAGAGAAAUUAGAUAUAUUUUCUAUCGCCUCUAAGAACCAAGCAAAAACUAUAAGGCCCACAGAAUUAAAGAGCCAAACACUGAAAUCGGAAACACAUUCAGAUCAGACGGUGAGAAAUCAAGCAAAAGGGGAAACUAUCACAUCACGCAAAACACGUGUUAAAGAAUCAUACGAAGAAGGACAGGAAAGAUGUUCAAAAGUCAAGAAAGACGACAAAGUGCCAGUCAAAGAUGCCAAUGAUCACCGAUUAAACAAUGGACAUCCCAAUACCUCGGGAACUAAACCUUCGGAAAAUUCAAAUCCACGGAUAACAGCAACCAAUCGCGGACGUCAGAUAGAAAAUAAUACAAGGAAAGAAGAUCCAGCCAUUUCGAAACAAGAAAUAAAAGAGAAACCAAAGAUAAUUAAAUGUAAAAGUGGGUUCAAACAAUGCAGAACCAAUGUCGACCUCGACAACAGAAUGUGUCGUAAUAGAAAGAAAAGAUGUUUCCCAGGAGAACUGUUACAUCCACUGACGACAACAGAGGAAAACCAGGAUCAUAAAGAACCUACUCCUAAUAUAAUUAUCAAUACGUUGAAAGAAAGGAAUGAACAAAAGGAAACAAACGUUGGAGCGUCUGGAAAACAGAGAGGAAUGAUGACAAUGGCUCAGAUGGCUAUAAGAGAUUUUGACAGUGUACAGAAAGUUCAUUCAUACGAAGAAUGGUUACAAAUUGCAACACAGUCGCAAAUGGAAGUUGCCAUGAAACUGGUUUUGAGUCAUGAGAAAAUAAGUUCCCGUGGUCAUAAGUAUAUGUUACUGUUGGACACAUCAGAGAGUAUGAAAGGAGAAAAAUUUGACACAAUGAUAAAAGCUGCUACCAGCUUUGUCGAUGGUCUACAUACGGUCAGUUUAAGAUAUGGAAUACGAGAUAAUGUUGGACUAGCUCAUUUUGGAAAAGACACUAAAUUGAUCAUGCAUCCUCUAGCAGAUUACGAUGGUAUCAAGACUGAAAUAGCCAAUUUGAGACCUGGUGGUCCGUCACCGCUAGCAGCCGGUCUGUUGAUGGCAUUGUCUGGAAUUACUCACUUGGGUCCCACCACCAUCGAACACCAUAAUUUCCUUCCGUAUAUAAUUGUGAUAACGGAUGGAAUGCCAACUCGAGUAGAUGCCCCUGGUGAGGAAGACAGGGACAGUGUUGGUGCGCUAUCAGUAUCGUCUUUACUGACUAUGCUAAAUUUAGUGAGGGAUAGUGAAAUAGAUAAAACUGUAACAAAUAUUGCUCUUAGAGGAAUGAAAAUAUGUUGUGUACCAGUAGGUGGCGCAAACACUGAUAUUAUGAGUAAGGUUGUGAAAAAGACUUUUGGCAAGUUGAUUCCGCCAGAUCAGAUUCACCGACUUGCACAAAAUACACAGAUUCUGAUCCAUGCAGCAGAAAUAGCAAACAAAUUAGAGAAAAACACUGAGUUUACUAGAACCUCAGUGAAAACAGCUGUUCAUUCUGCCAGUCUGCAGGAACUAGAUGCAUAUGAUGAUAUAACGGACAAUGUUAUGCUGUUAUUGGAUCCUGUUACCCAAUACCAUGGUCGGUUCAAACAACCGAGAUGCAAAGCUGUCCAGCUGGGAACACGUGUUCGACGAGGACCAAAUUGGCAAUGGAAAAAUCAAGAUUCAAACAUGGCUGGUACCGUUAUUGGUGAAGAUAAAGAUGGAAUGAUAUGGGUUCAAUGGGACAGUGGUGUCAAGAAUUGUUAUCAUUAUGAUGAAAGCCAAAGACUUUAUGAUAUAAAACCUGUUAAUGAACCUAGACGAUUAGUAGAUGAAAUGAUUGCUGUAGGAUGCAAAGUCAAAAGAGGUAAAGAUUGGAAGUACGAGGAACAGGAUGGCGGAAAAGGUAGCAGAGGGACUAUACUGCGUGUUGAAUCAAACGGGAAAGUUGUGGUUCAUUGGGAUCGAGGAAGACUUGGAACAUACAAGUUUGCCUGUGAUGAUUUGUUUGAAGUUGCAGUCUGCGAGGAUGGUCGAACUAUAAGUUCACCUGACUUAAUAGAGGAUGAACAGAAUAGCCGACAGGAAAUGAUGCCCGAUUUACCACUUAUACUGCCUUCCCAUACCAACAAAAUGAAGCCAGUUCAAUCUACCUGGCAGUAUCAAGAUGCUAGUGGUAGCUGGCAGUCUUAUGAUGAAGAAACAAAUGUUAAGUUAGACCGUGCUUACAGCAGAAGACCAGACGGUAAAUGUAUUGUGGAAAUAAACAAAACAGUGCAUGUAGUACUGUUUGCAAAAAUGAUCCAAGAAAACCAAACAGACCAUAGCUCAGUUCCCGUACAGCGUUUAGAUAAUACAACUGAUCUUACAGAGACGAAACAAUAAAAUAGCAAUUGUGACAGUAUGAAGACAAAGGACUAGGAUCAGCCUUACAGACUUUAAAAUUUGUGAUAGUGAAUUUGUGAUAAUCUAAAAGUCUAUUUAGAGACGAAAAGACAUUAAGUAUUUUUUUCAAAGAACCCGUGGAUAUAUUUCUAAGUAAUACUUUUCCAUUUGAAAAUAUUAUGGAAUCGUGAAAUCUUCCAAAGUUUUGUAAUCUAUUUUUAAAAGUGCAAAUGGUACUAUCAAGAUCAAGUUUUUGUGGACGCUUUUAUGUUAACAACCUAAACCAAAACGUUUAACUGAUACGUUACGGACGAGUAGACUAAGUUAUAUCUAUGUUUAAAAUAUGUAUAUGACAAUCGGUCAGUGUGGUUUGGUUAAUCAAGUUUUUCGUAUGAACAAGCCCACCACUUAGCCUAUCAAAACCGUAUUUACAAAAAUAAAAACUCUCAAUAAAACUACACUCACUUCAACUUCUAUUUUUUUCAAAGAACCCGUGGAUAUAUUUCUAAGUAAUACUUUUCCAUUUGAAAAUAUUAUGGAAUCGUGAAAUCUUCCAAAGUUUUGUAAUCUAUUUUUAAAAGUGCAAAUGGUACUAUCAAGAUCAAGUUUUUGUGGACGCUUUUAUGUUAACAACCUAAACCAAAACGUUUAACUGAUACGUUACGGACGAGUAGACUAAGUUAUAUCUAUGUUUAAAAUAUGUAUAUGACAAUCGGUCAGUGUGGUUUGGUUAAUCAAGUUUUUCGUAGGAACAAGCCCACCACUUAGCCUAUCAAAACCGUAUUUACAAAAAUAAAAACUCUCAAUAAAACUACACUCACUUCAACUAUAUAUAAUUUUACUGAGUUUAAUUAUUUUUUGGCAUUAGGAAAGUCUAUAUGAACACAUAUAUGAUUAUUGUUGUUAUAAGUACUGUGAAAAUAAUGACAAUGAUGGCAAUGUAAUAUUCAAUUGCAAUUUAAUAUUUUCAAAUAUCUGUGAUAUAUAAAGAAUUUUGUGAUAGAAAUGUAUGUUUCAAUUGAUAUGUGUAACGUGUAAAUCUAAUGUGAUUUUUUUUAAAAAGGAACAGAAAAAAAAAUAGACGGAAAAGAUCAUAGACCAUAUCAGAUCAUAGUAUAAUGAAAUAAAAAGGGAAACUGUUAUUACCAUCCCACUCACCAUAUAAACCCAUUUUUUAAAAGAAAUACAGGGUUUAAAAAAAACGACAAUACAUAAACGGUUCAUAAGGAACGAACACUAUUCUUUCUUAUUCAGUGUGUGAAUUGUUACUCAAACAUUUACGUAUCCUUUUGUUACAUUUAAUAUGCAUGUUAUUUUAAUCUUAAGGUUCAUGUGGACCCUAUGGCUAAAAUGGACGUAUUUUCACCUCAAAAUUUACUCU